AUGCUACUCAACUCGAAAUCAACAACUGCGAUAUGGGAAUUCAAGGCCCGCCCCACCUCCACCAAUAAGCUAACAACCAUGUCUGGUCGACGAAACAGCUUCUUCCAGUCCAGCGCCACCAAGUACGGCUUCGCGCCUGAAGCCUUUGAUCCCGGCAGCGUGCCGGGCAUAGCGGACGACUUUUCGGACCCGGAGGGCAUCGAGGCCUUUGCGAAUGCCCUACAGGCCCCCGAAUUCCACUCCGCUGCCGACGAGCUGUCGUCGCCGAGCUCAGCGAGUUUCACAACCAUCCGCAGCCCUCGGCUCAUCUCCGAAGACCCCCACGAUGAGACGAACACUCUCGCCUCAGCAUCUGGCAAUGCCGUCAAGAAAUCGCAGAGGCGAAAGAGGCGGGCGGCGCCGGUACACUCGUUGCUAGGCGAGCGGACAAAGGAUGAAACCCGCGAGGGCUACCUCUAUAACUUGCUCAAGUGGCCGCUGCUCCUAGGCGUCUCGGGCAUACUUGCGCUCGAGUGGAUAUGUUACCUUUUCACGCGACUCUACAUAUACUUGUACGAGCAGACGGUAGCCUGGCGCGGGAAGAGGGCGACUUUACGGAGGAAUAUGCGCACGACGAACAACUAUAAGGAUUGGGUCAUUGCCGCCAAGGAGCUAGACAGCUUCCUCGGCCGACAGGACUGGAAGGAGGAAAACGAAUAUGCCUACUACGACUCGAAAACGAUCAGGCGCGUAUGGGAUCACAUGAGAAAACUAAGGCACAAAGCGGAAAGCCUCGAGAAAUCCAAGAACAAUGAAACGGGCAAAGCGAAACCUGUGGAAGAACUAAGGGUUUUAGCCGAGGCCUGCAUCAAGAGCAACUUUGUCGGCGUUGAAGGCCCUAGGCUUUACAGCCAGACGUAUUACGGUACCAAAAACCUGGUACAAAAUUAUAUCGAUGAGUCGGAGAAGACGAUCAAGUUCCUGAUGAACACCAAACAGCUCCCGAAUGACGAGCGACGGGUCUUGUUCAAGCACAUGCACGCCAAUUUUGGUCGCACCGCCCUCUGCCUAUCCGGAGGGGCGACCUUUGCCUACUAUCACUUUGGGGUCGUCCGGGCUCUCCUGGACGCUGACCUUUGCCAGAGAGUCCAUCUUCACCUGGCUCCCCGCUGGUGGAAGACGGGCGCUAGGUUUGAUGCGGUCGACUGGGCUGACCGUUCCACUUGGUGGUGCCGCGGAUCAAUGACGUUCCGCGAGGCUUACCAGCGAACAGGCCGAAUCCUGAACGUUUCGUGUGUUCCUUCGGAUCCCCAUUCUCCCACAAUCCUCUGCAACUACCUCACGAGUCCAGACUGCGUUAUCUGGUCUGCCAUCUUGGCUUCCGCCGCAGUGCCAGGGAUCCUAAACCCCGUGGUUCUAAUGAUGAAGACGCGAGACGGUACCCUUGCCCCCUACUCCUUUGGCCGCAAAUGGAAAGACGGUAGUCUUCGCACGGAUAUUCCCAUCAAGGCACUCAACCUACACUUCAACGUAAACUUCACCAUCGUUAGUCAGGUUAACCCCCAUAUCAACCUCUUCUUCUUCUCGUCCCGCGGCACCGUGGGGCAUCCCCUCGACAUGAACAAGUGGCUCCGCUUUAUCCGCCAUGCCGAGCUCCUUCCACGGCCCAUGGGGCAGGACUGGAGCCAACUUUGGCUUCAGGACGCCUUCGCGGGCACAAUAACGAUCUGGCCCAAGAGCGUCAUCUCGGACUUUGUCCACAUUCUCUCCGAUCCGGACCCGGACCGCCUCGCGCGCAUGAUACACGAGGGCCAGCAAAGUGCCUUCCCCAAGCUCAAGUUCAUUUCCAACAGGCUGAGGAUCGAGAGGCUGAUCGAAGCGGGUCGCUUGGAGACGCGGCCUUGGCUUCGAAGGGGCUCCAUCGAAACUAUCCUUAGCGAGGAUGACUUGAGGAGCCUACUCGUAGACGGGGCAAACAGUACCGACGCUGACGACACGGAGGGUGCCGAUGUGGAAGAGGGGAUCAUCCUCGAUAGUGAUGGAAAUUUUGCGGGCAUGAAAGACGUGGCAUACUCGUCGACAUACAAGGUGGACUGA